CUGACGAGCACAACCACGACCUCGGCACCAGGCAAUGGCCACGUCCACUUCCACCAGACCCCAGACACUGACGACUGGAUCCCGAAGCGUUUCACCAAUUCACGUCCCCACCUACCAGAUUCAGGCCCCACCCAGUCGGCCCUGCCCCCUCCCACCGGAUCCUCCGCCACCGCGCUUGCACAUCCCUUCCUCUUUAAAAAUACCCGGAUCCCAGCCCCGCCCCCUCCCUCCAAGCCCGCAUCAGCCGGGCCCGGUUACACGUCACUGCGCAGUCGCACAACCGGCGCAGUACUCCCCACACCCGCUCAACAAAAACAUACAGUGCCAGACCUUUACACGACAGACUUUUCCCGGUCAAGUGCCUGUUUAUUGAUUCAUUUACGUUGUGUACUUUUCUUCCAAACAUACCGUCGCGUUUCACCUUAAUCGAAAGUGAGGCUUCCGGUUAUUUGCAUUUACCUUAUCCAUUGCCAGCAGAUUCGGAUGAACUAAUCUAUGGUAGUUUAAUUGGGUCAGUACACUGAGACAUGAGCGUGUAAAUAGGGCCCAGGAAGGGAGAUUGCUCCUAAAGGCACCCAGCUCAUUGGAACUUGUAGUGCAAGCUAUUGCACACUGUUACAAUGAAGGUAGCAGUAGAAGGUUGCUGCCAUGGUGAACUGGACAAAAUCUAUGAGAGUAUUCAGUUUUUGGAGAAAAAGGACAAUGUUAAGGUGGACCUCUUGUUAUGCUGUGGAGAUUUUCAAGCAGUCAGGAAUGAAGCUGACAUGAUUUGCAUGGCUGUACCCGUUAAAUACAGACAAAUGCAAACUUUCUACAAAUACUACUCUGGAGAAAAGAAAGCCCCUAUUCUCACGAUCUUCAUAGGAGGCAAUCACGAAGCCUCUAAUUACUUACAGGAGUUGCCUUAUGGAGGAUGGGUGGCACCAAACAUUUACUACCUAGGGUAUGCUGGCGUGGUAAAUUAUCGUGGCAUACGCAUCGGAGGGGUCUCUGGUAUUUUUAAGCCACAUGACUACAAAAAAGGCCAUUUUGAAUAUCCACCAUAUAAUCAGCAGACAAUGCGGAGUGCAUAUCACGUCAGAAAUAUUGAAGUGUUCAAGUUGAAGCAGUUAAAACAACAUAUGGACAUCUUCCUGUCACAUGAUUGGCCACAAGGUAUCUAUCACUAUGGUAACAAAAAACAACUGCUUAAGAAAAAAGCUUUCCUCCGCCCAGAAGUUGAAUCUAAUACCUUGGGCAGUCCUGCAGCCACAGAGCUUCUGCAGCACCUCAAACCUUCUUAUUGGUUUGCAGCACAUCUACAUGUGAAGUUUGCAGCUUUAAUGCAGCAUCCGAAAUGUGAUGGUGAGCAGCUACCUAAAGCAACAAAAUUUUUAGCUCUGGAUAAAUGUCUACCUCACAGAGACUUUCUGCAGAUUGUUGAAAUAGAACAUGACCCAAAUGCUUCUGAACAUUUAGAGUAUGAUUCCGAAUGGCUGGCCAUUCUAAAAGCAACAAAUGAUUUAAUUAAUGUUACACCUAAAUCAUGGAACAUGCCAGAAAAUAACAGUCUCUAUGCAAAGUGGGACUAUAGUGUGUCUGAAGAUGACAUUAAAGAACUAUUGGAAGAGCAAGCUAAUAACCUCCAGAUCCCCUGUAACUUUAGCCAGGUAGCACCUGUCUAUGAUCCAGCACAUCCACAGAGAUCUAGAGAACCUGUCCAUGUGAUUAAUCCACAGACAACUGAGUUCUGUGCCACCUUUGGCCUCACAGAUCUGAAUGCCAAGGUGAAACAGAUGGAAAGUGAGGGUCUUAUGGAGGAAGAGGAUGAAAUGGAUGGUGCAGAUAACCCAGAGGAGCCCAGUUUUUAUACUACAGACACUUCUGGACUUUCCUCCUCUAUAAAUCCAGAUGAAAUCACACUUGAUGAUGAUGACGACGAUGAUGAUAAUGGGGAGCUGAGUGCACAUAGCAUAGAACCAUUACCAGAUAAUCCCUUUACAGACUCAUCAGCGAAUUUCUCUGAUGUGAGAGAUCUCCCUGAUUCUAUGGUUGUAUCAUCUGAUGAGACACAAGACUCUGCAAAUGAGGAAUUGGACAAGUCUGGAGACAGCAGCAUGACUGAGGGAGAAGGAAAGACGACACGCACAAAGGCUGUGAAACGAAUUAGCAACGAGCAUGAGAAUGGAAGCAGUGGAAUAAAAUUAAUUAAGAGGCGCAACCAGAGCAUCUAUCAUACACAGGGUAAUGAGAAUGAAGAUAUUGAAUGAUUAUAAAUAUUAACGGGAUAUUGAACUUCAGGAGAAGCUGUAGCUUCUGUGCACAAUUGAGUUUUUAAGAUUGUAUUUCAAGUCAUUGCUAGCAAACAACAUUAGUUUUCUGUUUUAAAAGCUGGACUUAACUCAGCAAACUUUAUAUCCCGAAUGGACAUGUUAUAGUGUUGAAACACACUUAAUAAAUGUAUUUUUACAUCAUGAA